CCCUACUUCUCCCCGUCGGACACGCUCCGCGCCGGCUUCUUGGCCGCGCGCGGCGUCUUGAGCCGCUGGUACUCCUCGCUGCCCGUCCGCGACUCGGCGUCGUGUGCGGCGAGCCGCGUGUUUUUGGCCGCGAUCUCGGCAUCGAUGCCGGCGAGCGUCGCGCGGAGCUGGUCCCGGUACGACUUCAGCGCGACGAUCUCGUGGACGAGGCUCUCGCGGCGCUGCGCUCGUAAUGCCUUGACCGUCUUCUGCCUGCGCGGACACACACGCGUCGACGGCGUCAGGCCUUUGGGACGCCGGCGUCGCGCAGGCUCUUCACCGUGUCCUUCUUCUUGGCCAAGUCACUGCUCACGCGCGAGACCACCUCCUGCGCGCCCUCGACGGUCUCGACGGAGUCGGACCGACCUGUGCGAAAAUCAACCAGUGUGUCGGGUGCAUCCGACAAUUCUUCAAGAAGUCAUUUCUCGGCGAUGGCGCGGCCGACC